ACUUGCAUUUCUAAUAACAUAAGGCUACAGACUAUGAGUUCAAAACAGGGGCUUAUCUCAGUCGAACCAACCGCCGGCCUUCAGGGUCUAGCUCUCCCCCAAACCCCUUCCAUAGCAAGGGCUCCACACCACCUUCCAACAGAAGGCGCAACCGGAAGGGGAGGGCCUCCCGCCCGGACGCGGGGCUCCCGCUAUCAUGGCUUCUCGUGGGGUCGUUGGCAUUUUCCUCUUCUCUGCUCUCCCCCUCUUGUGUCUAGAGCUCCGGCGUGGGAUCCCGGAUCUAGGAGUUAAAGAUCUAAUUUUGCUGUGUGGCCGGAUUUUCUUACUACUUGCUCUUCUUACUUUAAUUAUUUCUGUGACUACCUCAUGGCUUAAUUCAUUUAAAUCUUCCCAAGUGUAUCUGAAAGAAGAAGAAGAGAAGAAUGAAAAAAGGCAAAAACUUGUCAGGAAAAAACAACAAGAGGCACAGGGUGAAAAGGUCAGCAGAUACAUAGAGAAUGUUCUAAAACCUCACCAGGAGAUGAAAUUGAGAAAACUGGAAGAGCGCUUUUAUCAGAUGACGGGUGAAACUUGGAAAUUGAGCAAUGGUCAUAAACUUGGGGGUGAUGAAGAGUUGGUGCUUGAAAAUGGGAGUCAGACAUCUUUUGAAACAUCAAACAGCAGAGAAGCAGCAAAGAGACGGAACUUGCCUAAGCCUCUAACCAAAAUUUCACCAUCUGCUGAACAGCCCACGCAGAAGGAGGUUCUUGAUCUACCUGAAGAACCUCCUGAAACAGCUGACGAAGUAGUUGCUGUUGCUCUCCGAUGUCCAAGUGGGAGGGUCCUGAAAAGAAGGUUUUUUAAGUCUUGCAGUUCACAGGUCUUAUUUCACUGGAUGAUGAAAAUCGGGUACCACAUAUCUCUAUACAGCCUUUCUACUUCCUUUCCCAGAAGGCCUCUGGAAGUAGAGGAAGGCUGGUCCCUGCAGGACAUUGGAAUAACUAUGGAUACUGUACUCAAUGUGGAAGAAAAAGACCAGAGCAACUAAUUAAGAAAUGAGAAUGACCUGUUUUACAUAAAAUCAGUUAUGCCAUGAUCUUACAAGACAUAAAGGUUUCAUGUUAAAAUCAUGCCAUACCUUGAUUGAGCUCAAGGCAAUAAACACUUUAAUGUUGAUAUCCUCGGGAAUGUAUGGACACGAAGGAUUAGAAAAGGAUUGCUCUCUGCAUAUAAUAGUUUUUGGAAUGUGCCGUCAUAAUGUACCAUCUGAAAACUAGAUUAAAAUGUGUACAGUAAGGCACUCCAUGAUUUGUAUUUUUCCUAGCUGACAUCAUUCAUCACUGUGUUGAAAAACAAAAUCAUAUGACUUUGUUUCCUGCCUCUUCAGUCCACCCUUGCCAUACUGAACAUUUCACAAUUCAGUCAAACUCUUUAAAAUCUAUUAGGUAGAAAUGUUUGUUCUGCUUUAUUUCUAGAAAUGAAACUUUAAAGACAUUUCAAAGGUCUCUAAUGCUUUACAGUUCUUUUUGAUAUCCAAUGAAGGGUUAGUACCCAAAAUAUAUAAAGAACUUAUAAACUCAACACCCAAAAAACAAAUUAUCCAAUUAAAAAUGGGCAGAAGAUAUGAACAGACAUUUCUCCAAAGAAGACAUACAGACGGCCAACAGACACAUGAAAAGAUGCUCAACAUUACUCAUCUCAGGGAAAAUGCAAAUCGAAACUAUAACGAGAUAUCACCUUGCUCCUGUCAGAAUGGCUAAAAUCAAUAGUACAGGAAACAGAUUUUGGUGAGGAUGUGAAGAGAGGGGAACCCUCUUGCACUGUUGGUGGGAAUGCAAACUGGUGCAGCCACUGUGGAAAACAGUGUGGAGGUUCUUCAUAACGUUAAAAAUUGAACUCUUAUGAUCCAGCAAUCACACUACUAAGUAGGCGAAGAACACAAGAGUACUAAUUCAAAGCAAUACAUGCCCCUGUAUGUUUAUAGCAGCAUUAUUGACAAUAGCGAAGAUACGGAAGCAGCCCAAGUGUCCAUCAGUUGAUGAAUGGAUAAAGAAGAUGUGGUAUACAUACACAAUGGAAUAUUAUUUAGCCAUAAAAAGGAAUGAAAUCUUGCCAUUUGCAACAACAUGGAUGGAGCUAGAGAGUAUAAUGCUAAGCAAAGUAAGUCAGAGAAAGAUACCAUAUUAUUUCACUCAUGUAGAAUUUAAGAAACAAAUAAGCAAAGGGAAAAAGACAAACCAAGAAACAGACUCUUAACUAUAGAGGACAAACUGAUAGUUGCCAGAGGGGAGGUGAGUGGGAGGAUGGGUGAAAUAGGUGAUAGGGAUUAAGGAGUGCACUUGUGAUGAACACUGGGUGAUUAAAAUAAAAACAAAAAGGUGAAAAAAAGGCUUAAAAAAAAUAAAGUUCUUUUCGAUAGGUAUGUUUUGUUUACUUAAUCAGUGUCAAGGUUUAUUUCAUUUCACCUUACAUUAAAUUGGAACAUUUGGAAGUUCCAGGUGGAUCAAUAUUUUUAUAAAUAAAACAAUGGGAAGGUGCCUGGGUGACUCAGUUGAGCGUCCAGCUCCUGAUUUCAGCUCAGGUCUUGAUCCCAGAGUUGUGGGAUCGAGCCCUGUGUCAGACUCCAUGCUUGCUUAUGAUUCUUUCUCUCCCUCUGUCCUUCUCCCCAACUCAUGUUCUCUCUCUAAAAAUAAAAUAAUAGUAAAACAAUGAAAACAUGAAAAUACAGGUGAGCUUUUUUACACUU